GGUUAUCGAUUACACAGACAUGGGGGAGAGAGUGGAAGGUAAACGUUAUCUUUUGGUUUUCGUGGAUGCGUUUUCAGGCUGGCCAGAGGCGUGGCCAACGGGGAAGGAAGAUUCGAUUUCGGUGAUUAAGUGUUUGAUUAACCAAUACAUUCCGCGUCACGGUUUUCCGAGAAUCAUUCGCUCAGACAACGGUACACAUUUUAAGAAUGCGGAUUUGCAGAAGGUUGAGAGUGCACUGGGAUUGCGUUUCCGUUUCGGUACCGUAUACCAUCCUCAGUCACAGGGUAAGGUCGAACGCAUGAAUCUCACGCUAAAAACAAAAAUUGCAAAAAUCUGUACACAAAUGAAAGUGAACUGGGUCACGGCGUUGCCCUUGGCACUUUUGUCUGUACGGUCGUCCAUUAACCGCAUGACGUCAUUCACACCGUUCGAACUUUUGACAGGUCGCUCAUUUCCUGGUCCGUUCAACCCAGUGCACCCUGAACCGAUAUAUGAUCUUGAUCACAGAACGUACUUUACCAAGCUGAAUGUUCUUGUCUCAAGCUUUUCCAAACAGAAAACCAUCUCCCCGGCCCAUCCAGACGCAGAAAUCACUCCAUCGGCAGAGUGGGUGCUUCUCAGGGUGUUUAAGCGGAAGUGGAACGAACCUCGUUGGACUGGGCCAUACAGAGUGACUGAGCGCACAACACAUAGUGUCAGAGUAGCUGGUAAAGGUGACACUUGGUUCCAUUGGUCUUGUUGUUCCCCUACCAACCAACCAGAAAGAUCGUUGGAUACGGUAAGAUUGGACCUGCAGGAACUGCAGGACCAAAAGGGGGAAUCCAACACAGGGGAACAACAACAGGUUGACAUUUCACAACAGCAGGUUGACAUUUCCCAAAAGAACACAAAACUAACACUCAAAGAACUAAAGGGGGACUUAUUCAACAGUCCAGAACAUGAAGCAUUAGCUCACUGCAUUAGCAAAGAUUGUGCAUUUGGGAAAGGAAUAGCAUUGGAAUUCAGAAAAAGAUAUGGAAUAGACAAAGUAGUUAGACAACAGAAAGUGGUGGGACAGUGUGCGGUAACACAGGAAGGGCAAAGAACAAUCUUUCACCUGAUAACAAAAGAGAAAGCCAAAGAUUUUCCAACAUACGACACAUUGAGACAGGCAAUAAAGGAACUCAAAAAACACUGUGAAGAACAAAGAGUAAAAAAGUUGGCUAUACCCAGGAUUGGGUGUGGGUUGGACAGACUAGAGUGGGAAAAAGUAAGGGAUGUAAUCAAAGAAGAGUUCCAAAACACAGACAUAAUCAUUACUGUGUAUGUAAGGGAAUAG